AUGGGCGACAAUUCAGGAAAUCUUGUGAAUGGACGUUGUUAUUUAGUACCAGUUGUUGAUACCAUCAACCAAUUGAAGAAGAUGAUGACACGAAGGCAUUGGGAUAUACUUCGAAGGACACCAUUCAGCCACCUCAUGGACAUUGAGCCCAUAGUCCAAGAGCGUAGUGUUUUGGAUGCAUUAAUGCAGAUGUUUGAUGAAAGGAGCAACACAUUCCAUUUGGGGGAUAGUUUUCUGCAAUUCAAGGCCGAAGAUGUUUCAUUAAUAUUAGGAUUACAAUGUGAUGGCACUGCCAUUGACUUCAAAAGGAAAAAGGAACGUUCUGUAUUUGAAGAGGAAUACUUCAGUAAAGGAGUAGACCGAAACAGGGACUGCCUGGUGAGGUCAUUAAUGAACAUGGUGGUAAAAAGAGAAAGCAAGAAAGAAGAAAGUUUUGUGAAGCUUUUAUUAGUGUACAUUCUAGGAUUUAUCCUUUUCCCCACAACUUCAUGUUUGUCACCGGCAUGGUUACCCUACUAUAUGGACAAUCUAUCAAAAAUAGGACAGUACGCAUGGGCACAAGCUACACAUAAAUGGAUGAUGGAUGAUGUACCUCUUGCAGCCGCUCGUGUGAAAGAGAGAUGUGCCAGGAAGCAAUCAAGGAUAGGAUACGUAAGGGGUUGUAAAAUGGCAUUAAUCAAUUGGUUUUAUGAAGUCACAGGUAACGGGAAGAAGAUUCACUUUGGAAGGACACCACGCAUUCUCUGUUAUGGUGUUGGUAGUUACAAGAAACAAGCUGCUGUUAGUGCCUUGAUUGAUUAA